AUGGAGGACGUGCUGCCCUCCGGCCUGCUGGAGAUCUGCCUGCUGGUCGGGGGGCCCCGGCAGCGGGGGAAGAAUUCAAAUUGCAGUAAAGGUACUCAAAGAAAACUGAAAAGCCUUCCUCCCCUUGAUCCAGAAGUUCUCUCUGUAUUUGUGCCUCCAUUUAUCAGCAGAGAUGAUAUUCAGGUGACCAAUACAAUUGGUAAUAACUUGAAUAAAAGUAAACGCCGGUCCUUCCGAAAGAAGAAAGAGAGACCGAAGAUUGAAAAUGUCAAGAGCCUCAAUGGGGAGCAGAAAGCACCUGACACUGAAGAUAUUACAGUUCCAAAGGACAUUGAUCUUAUCGGUUUGCCACAGCUAUGCUUCCCAGGAGGACUUUAUGCAACUUCUGAAUCAAAAGAGGACCACAUUCAUUUCCUGGUCUUCACAGAUGUCUGUGGUAACAGAACAUACGGUGUUGUUGCACAGUACUACCAGCCUAUGCAAGAUGGCUGUAUUUCCUCGAAUGGACAGGCCCACUGGGAAUCUGCACAGACCGGGAAGAUGCCCGUCUGUUUUGUGCCAUUUGCUAUCUGUGUUAUAUCCAGAUACCCAUAUUUUAAUGCCCUCAAGGAUUGUCUCUCUUGCUUGCUGGUGCAACUGCGACCUUACAAGGAUUUAGAUGUUGAGGAGCACAUAAAAGAAUUCACAGCAAAAUUAUUCUUAGUGCCCAGCCCGCCACCAGGACCACUCCACUUGGUAUUUAAUAUGAAACCACUUCAAAUAAUAAUUCCUUCACGAGAGGAUCCGGACAGCCCAAUUAUUGACUUGGAUCUUCACCUUCCCUUGCUGUGUUUCAAGCCAGAGCAGGUGCUACAGGUUAUGACCUGCAUUUUGACCGAGCAGAGAAUCGUUUUCUUCUCUUCUGAUUGGGCUCUGCUGACACUUGUUGCUGAAUGCUUUAUGCUGUACCUUCAUCCUCUUCAGUGGCAACACACUUUUGUGCCUAUUCUGUCUCGUCACAUGCUGGAUUUCGUAAUGGCCCCAACGUCUUUUCUUAUGGGAUGUCAUAUUGAUCAUUUUGAAGAAGUUAGCACGGAAGCUGAAGAUUUAAUUCUGAUUAAUAUAGAUAAUGGAAAUAUUACACACUCAAAACUGGCUGGAGAGGAAUCUGAAAUUCCAGAUGUUCCAGUGCAAGCAGCGGAAACUUUCAUAAAAAGAGUGGAGAGUCUUCAGCUGCAUUAUGAUCUAGAGCUCUGCCACCUCCGAACCAGCACAGAUCUUGGUGAACUCCAAACACGUAGAAGGGCUUGGCAACAGAAACUGAAUACAGAAGUUCAGCAAAUGACUUUGCAGUUAAUUGUUAAUAUUUUCAGGGAGGUUAAAGACCAUCUAAAUUAUGAACACAGAGUGUUUAACAGUGAAGAAUUUCUGAAAACAAGGGCAAUCGGAGACCAGCCAUUUUACAGAAAGGUUUUAGAGACCUACAUGUUUCACUCUUUUCUUAAAGCUCGUCUGAACAGAAAGAUGGAUGCUUUCGCUCGGCUCGAGCUGAGUACCCAGUCUGAAGAGGACAGAUUUAACUUGAUGUUUCAUACCCCAAGAAGACUGACUAUGGAGAAAAUGGCUUCUAAGCGAUUUAAUCCCCAGUACAUGAUUAGUAGACGUAUGGUGAUCAGUAUGCCUAAUCUGCAAGAUAUCAAGCUGCCAGAGGGCCCCACUAGAAAUUCCUCACUUCGAAGAAUAGAAACGGGCGUUGCUGUGAAAAUGCCCUCCAAAUCAGUCAGUAUGUUCAAAAUCCCAGAAAUUCACUUUCCUCUGAUGUCCCAGUGUGUUCACUCCUACUAUACUGACUUCUUCAACCAUCUCAGCAAAGCUAUCAAUACUUUACCACCCGAUAACUCAGCGUUGCUGGCAAGGUACUUCUACCUCCGGGGACUUAUUAGUUUGAUGCAAGGAAAACUACUAAAUGCACUUUCUGACUUUCAGAACCUAGAUAAAACAGACUUAAGAAUUUUCCCUACUGAUCUUGUAAGAAAAAUAGUGGAAACCCUGUCUCCUCCUGAGCGUUCUCAAGCAGACCGCAAACCCGAGCUGAAGAAGCUGAUAAGUCGAGUGAUGGAAAAACAAAGAGAAGUUGUGAAAACAGAUGACCACGUGAAAAAUUUUGAAUUGCCAAAAACACACAUGCAACUGGACGAUUUUGUGAAGCGAAUCCAGGAGUCUGGGAUUGUCAGAGAUAUUGACACUAUACAUCGGUUAUUUGAUGCCCUAACAGUAG